CACUAACCGGCAUCAUGCCAUAGUAUACACAGAGGAUACACUCUCACCCUUCUCUCUGGAAGCUGUGUGAUUUCCUUGUGUGGUGGUAAUCCUCGGACAUGGAGUUUCCCUCUGCCACCGUUUUUGACCAGCCUAAAGAUUGUGUUGAGGAGGUGGACUUGAAUGUGGUGUUCCACGCAGCAGCUACAGGGGAUGUCAACAGUCUGACAGCCACGAUACGAGAGGAUCCCUCGAUCCUGGAGUGCUGUGACAGUGAAGGCUCGACCCCGCUGAUGCAUGCCGUCUCUGGGAGACAGGUGGACACAGUUAAGCUGUUGCUGAAAAUGGGUGCAUCGAUCAACACUCAGGACGCCUGUGGCAGGACGUCGCUUUCUCUCGCUACAUACUUGGGCUGGCUAGAAGGCUGUGUGUGUUUACUGCGAAAUGGAGCCAAGCAGAACAUCCCUGAUAAGAAUGGUCGCUUACCGCUUCAUGCUGCUACAGCUGAGGUCGACCUCAGACUCAUGGCUGUGUUAUUGCAACAAUCAACACUGUGUGAAAUAAAUCAUCAAGACAAUGAGGGCAUGACCGCACUUCACUGGGCAUCCUUCCAUAACCGUCCGGAGCAUGUACAGGCCCUGCUGCAGAAAGGGGCGGAUCCCACACUGGUCGAUAAAGACUUUAAAACCGCACUUCACUGGGCUGUGCAGAGUGGAAGUAGAUUUAUGUGCUCACUAAUUCUCGACCAUCACCUUGGUUCCACGGUCAUAAACUAUGACGACGAGAAUGGCAAGACCUGCGUUCACAUUGCCGCUGCAGCAGGUUACAGUGACAUCAUCUACGAGCUUGCACGUGUCCCUGAAACCAAUCUGCAAGCUCUGGAUGUGGAUGAGCGGACACCUCUGCACUGGGCAGCCGCAGCAGGAAAGGAGGAGUGCGUGCAAGCUUUGUUACGGCUCGGUGUGGAACCUGGGCCAAGAGACAUCAACGAGAACACGCCACUGACAUACGCCAUGUACUGUGGUCACACUGCCUGCAUCCAACUGCUCUCUGCUGACAGCAGGCCUGAAUCAUCCCGCCAGCUUCUUUCCCAGAGCAGUGACACUGCGAUCAGAAAAGAGGGCAAAUUUCGUGUACUGAACCACAUCUUCUCAUGUAAAAAGAAGAAAGAACUGCAUGCCACACGGCAAAGGGAUCUGAGCCAAGAGCGGCACCUGCAAGAAGAGACCUCUGAAGUGGACGAUAUCAUCACCAUGUUUGACUGCAUUGUUGAUCUCCCGAACAAGGAGGACAGCAGAAAGCAGUCUAACGUACCUGAAAGGCUUGAGGACCCCACUCCCAAGGACCACAGGAGCCUACCUCCUAUACGCACACAGAGUCUUCCACCUAUCACUCUAGGAAACUCUUUGUUAACCAACUUGCACAAUGCACCACAUAGAACUGUGUCAGGCCAGAUGGUUAAUCAUUUGGCCCACAGGUCACAAAAGAGCAAGAGUGAACAUGACCUGUUUGAUAGCAGAACGAAGGCUCAGAAAGCCACAGGUCCUCCAUGGAAAACAGAAUCCAGUCAGUUGCUAAAACACAAGGCUUGGGUGUCACCUCCAUCUGACCGGAUGCUGGAUAAACUGUUGCACGAAACGCCGAGUCCUAUAGAUGUACUUUGCUCCAACCACACACCCUAUAUUCAGAGAAAUGACCAAGUUGCAAAUUCUCAUCUGGUACCACUGCGUAUGAGAGACUCGGCGUUGACGCGCAACAGCUUGGCUCCCAUUCGUGAUCACUGCACUCACAGAUUCUCUUUGCCACCUGACCAAGUCUCUCAAGGAGUAAGGAAGUCCAAAUCUCUACCCCUCAGCUCUCUGGGACGCAGUCUAGCAGGACUCCCGCCUCCUGUAAUGUCUAAGAGUCACAGACCAGGCAUUCAUCAGAGCCAGUCUCUGUGUUCCUUUCCUGCUCCUCUGAGCACUGAGCCGCUGAGAAACAUGCAAGUUCUUCCUGCUAUCCCACCCCAAAGAAAGCGAAGCCCGUCACCUCCAGCACUCACAAAGACGACUGAGGAUCACAGUGAAAGAACCUGAUGCACUUUCAGUAUAUUAGUGACAAAAACAAAAGGGCUGACCUUUUCUCAGCCACAUAAAAACUGGUUUCCGUAAGUAAACUUGAAAAUACUAUGAUCUUCAGGUUUUAUUGGAUUCUUUGGACUGUCAGUAAACUGUCAACAUAUAUUUUCUUGAGGAGGAGGGUCAUCGUAAUGAUUUGUCAUUGUUAUAACGUUUGAUAAAGUUUACGAAGCUA